AUGACCGCUGCUGCAUCACCGGAUGCUCUGAUGUUCCUGGCGAAUCUUCGAUUCUCUUCUUACUGCUUCUUUGGUGUUGGGGCGACGCUAGCCGGCGAGAAAUGUUUGAUAUUCUGUGACCAACGUCCGGGCAAUAUCACCCAAUUGGAUUACACUUAUGUGAGCUGCUACGAACGCUUUGAGAGUAUGAAAAGCUGCUUCUGGAAUGAUAUAAUGAGACGAAACCCGUUACGAUUUGUGCGCCGAUGGUAA